GGUUUAACUAAUUUAUAGCUUACAACUUUCACGUGAAUAAUUUUUUAGUGCCUGCGUAUCGUCGAUCUUAGUCCGCAAGAGUAUUGAAAUCUUUCUCAAAUAAAAGUCAUCAGCGUCUAUAUCUAUUUCACUCUCCAAAACCACCAAACAAAUCUCUCUCUCUCUCUCUCUCUCUCUCUCUGUUACAGCUAGCGGAGCUCAGAUGGCAGAGACCCAUGUCUUUGAAAAUCUAUCUUCUUGCUGAGAUUUCUGCAUCUUUUCUUUGUACCUGAUCUGGGUUUUCUUUGGUUUUAACCCAGAUAAUAGUUUCCACCUUUAAAUCUAUGCUUCUGAUUCUACUGUUAAUAAAAGAACGGAGAAAAAGAAAAUCCUUGCUUUGUUCUUUUUGUCUUUCUGAAUUUCUUCAUCUCAAUCAGAUUUUGAGAAAUGGGUAUUCAGAGGCUGUUGCAAAGGAAGGUGUCUUCAUGUGAGCUAGUUUCCUUUGUUCUUUGAGUGUUUCUUUGGAGGGGUUUUGGGCUUAUGGGUAGAGGUAGAGGAAAGGGGAAGAAAUUGACUGCUGUUGCCAGUCACGAGGACCCAGGAAGUGGUGGGGAAGAAUCGCUUCCUGCCCAUAAACGAAGGGGGCGGCCUCAGAAGCCUUUGAAGGAUGACAUAGACGAAGAAGAGGCUGAGAAGAUUGAAGAGGGAGAUGGGGAUGGUUCGAAAGCUGCUGUUCCUAGCAAAGAGAUGAAAGGUCCGGUGGCAGCUGAAAAUGGCAAGAAGAGGAAGAGGUAUACGCAGGUAAAAGAGAACGCUGAUCCAGUUAAAGAGGAAAAUGGUGUUGGGACGAGGUCUGGCGCCAAUGAGUCUACCAAGUCGAAUGGGUUUCGACAAAAUGGAAGCAGGCGCAAGAACAAGCCUAGACGGGCUGCUGAAGCUGGUGUGGAAUGGAAGUGAGAUGUGUGAUGGGAUGUCUUGAAAUGUUUCAGCCAUUUUCCAGCUAAUUUGUGGGUCUGUUAAGCCUUUUCGUUAAUCUCCUUGCCUAUUGUUUUUGCUUUGUUUUUUACCCUCUUUUGCUUUCUGGGUAGAAUGAUUUUCAUCUAGUGCAUAUGGACAGGUUAUACUGUUUUUGUAAUGAUCCCUGAAGCCACAAAGCGAGUAUUGGAUAUUUUCGCUAGUGAUUUUUUCCCUAUUAGCUAUGUGAUGUGGAAUUUGUAACCAAAA